UCAUGCUCACUUUUGUUUAUGAAACGCAAAGCUAAACUUCAAAGAUAGAAUUUGUUGCAAUAAAUAUGUUUCGUCGCGGUAAAUUGUCGUUUUUGAAUACAAAGGAUGAUCGCAUUAAAAUUAUUAAUGAGCGCGUUAAUUUGACGGAACGACAUCUCAUGGAAAUGUGCUCUGCAUUUUCUUUGCUGACCAGAAAAAUGGCCAAAUAUCGCGAUGCCCACGAUGAACUGGCUAAGCACAUUAAGAACUAUGCCGACGACGAGGAGAUCAACGAAAGUCUCUGCAAUGGCUUAAAGAGUUUCACCAAUGCGGUGACCAUAACUGGCGAUUAUCUUGAUAUCAAUGUGCAUCGAAUGGAGCUAAAGAUUGUCAAUGAGCUGGCACACUUUGAGCAGCUGUGCAAAUCAACACGCGAUAAUCUGCGCCUGGCUGUAAUCGCCCGGGAUAAAGAAGUGCUCAGCCAGCGACAAAUGCUCGAGCUGAAGUCCAAAUUUGCCGCUAAUAAUAGCGCUGCGGACUCGGAGCUAUUCAAGGCCAAGCUGGAAGUGCAACGCACCAACAAGGACAUCGAUGAGAUCAUUGGCAACUUUGAACAGCGCAAACUGCACGAUGUCAAACAAAUUCUCAGCGAUUUCAUUCUCAUCUCAAUGAAACAACACACUAAAGCACUUGAAGUGCUCAGCGCCAGCUACUACGAUAUCUGUAGCAUAGAUGAGCGCGACGAUUUCUUGGAAUUCCAGAAACUCAUGAAGUCCAAGGAGGAACCCAGCGCUCGCAAAGCAUCGCUAAAGAAAGGAUUGCGUUCACAGUCGAUGGACAGCUUGGAUCGUGAGCAUUUAAAAAGUCCUCUGAAGCGGCAUCAGAAAUUGUCCAGGAGCAGCAAGAAUCUGUCGGGAGGCGGCAUCACAGGUCAUGGCACCAAGCCAGAGCAAAGUGAGGAGGACGAGGAGGAUGAUGACGAGGAAGACGAAGACGAAGAGGCGACCGAGCAGAGUGCCGAGGAGGAGGACGAUGAGGAGGAAGAAGAGGUCAGUGGCAGUGCCUCGGAGCAGGAGACGCCACUCUCGACAGGCAGAGAGAAUGUGUUUGGUGCCAAGUUGCGUGGCGGCAAAGACUCCAUGACCAGUGGCUCCUCAACCAACGCAGCAGCAACGCCCCUCAAACCUAUACGACAGAGUGUCAAACAUCCAUUUAAAGCUGUGGCUGCCACACAUGUGGAAAAGCGCUCGAAUCGCGCACCCUCCUACUCCCCAACCCCCUCAUCGUCACCACCCUUAAAGACGUCGUUUAGGAAGGCAGCAGCUGGAGGAGGAGGAGCAGGUGCAACUGGAGCUGGAGGUCGUGGCAUGGCAACCGUUGUUGAAUCGAAGCGCAUUUAAAAGUCUAAUGAUUGCAGUUUGACAGCCAUCAAUACAGUUUGAGGGUUGCAACCAUUCAAAAAUAACAACUUUGAUGUGUGU